UAUGAAUCUAAUAUUGAUACUAUUUUCCUUUUUAUUUGUAUCCUAUUCUGUACGCAAUGUAGCAGCGGAUGUAACCCCAUUAGACUUUGCUGAAUUGGGAUUUAAUGUGUUAUCUUCAUUCGACAAUCCAGCCAAAAUAUUUCAAGCGUUUUCCAAAUUCACGUCAUCAAUGACUUCGGAUGGAGACAAAAAUGAAAAGACCUUGAAUAAAAUUCAGGGUACUCUCACGAGUAUGAAUAAUAAGUUAGAUAGCAUUACUGAAAAUCUCCAGAGUUUCAGGGACGAAAUAAUCAGUAAACUAAAAGAACUUCGAACGGAUGAGGAAAUCACUUCAAGACUGGAUAGAUUUUUCAUUCUCGGAGAGACUAUAGACAGAUAUUUCGAUACUUUUCGACAAGUGUCAAAGAAGAAUCGUUCCAAAGAUGAUUUGACUCGCUUUAUAAACACUGUGAGGUCAUUGAAUUCCGGUGUCGGAGUCAAAGCAAUUUUAAUCGAGAUGCUUAAUGCGCUAACUGGUAAUAGGUGGUCAUCGAGCGGCCUCAAAGUAUUGUCUGACUUCACUAUCGUAUCUACGCUUGUUUGUUCGAGGGGCCGCUCGCAACAACUUAUUAUUAAUAAUUUGUACAAAGCUCUUUGGGUAGCCGAACUCAAAGGACUAGCAAUGGAUUUGUUCACAAUAAAAGAGCUAAUGAAAAAGAAUCCAGAUAUGAAAUCAACACUGGAUAAUACGAAAAAUGAUUUUGUUGAGAGGUCCAAUGAAGCGGUAAAGUAUUUGAAAGACGCCAUGUCAAAAUCAUCUCGUGAAUUGUGGAGCUGCACAUCAAACAAUCCCCAACAAGGUGUCACCUACGAGAAGUUUCGAUCAUUUAUGUACAAAGUUAUCCAACCUGAGUACAAUAUGAUGCAAUCAUGGGAAAGAGCUACAUGGUUUGGUUGCCGAGAAGAUUGUACUCGUUUUUCCGAAGAUUCAUAUAUCACGUGUAAACCAUGGUCAGCAUAUCAUGAUUGCAUUGAUUACAGAAAUAUGUGCGAGGGUAAGACGUAUUAUUGCGGUAAUUUCGACUCAAACAUACAUAUUUGUCAUUCGAAAGAUAGUACAUUCGUAGAAGAUGAAAGUCGCCAUUAUGAAUAUGUAGAAGGCGAUAACGGGCAGAUCUACGGUAAAAAGAAACAAGGAGGAUGUAAUGGAAAAUUAACCUAUCAUUGGGCACGCUCGGAAUUUUGGGCCCCAUGCGACAUUUGCGUUUGUACCUGUGUUCCACCGAAUCCGAAGAGUAGUUAUAUUGACUUGAGAGUAGUUACAGCCGACGUAAAAGAGAAUAAGGUUGUCGUGGGACUUCGCUUGAAAAAAAUCGACGAUGUUUUUCAUCUUGAGAUACAGCAAGGUAAACUCUUACCAUCAGGCUCAAUCGAUCCAAAAACAAUAUCAUGGAAAAGUAAUCCGAAGACUAACGAUACAGGCUAUUAUCAUAAAUUCAGUUUAAAAGAUAGAUCUGUUCUUUUGGACGAUGUUGAGUUCGACAGCACAUUUGUUAUAACUGGCGUUAAAUUCGCUCACGAUGAUGGACUUUUAAGAUUGGAAGCUCAGGGACAUCGAUUUGAUUAUAAACAAGGAAAACUGAUUGUCGGUUAUUACGAUUUGCACUAUUUUGAAGGAGGGACCCGCGAUCUCAGGGAAUAUGAUAUUAAGGACUAUGAUUUGCCGACAAAUCAUUUAAAUAAUUGGUUCCAUACGGUCCCAAGACAAUAUGUCAAAAUGACAAUAAGCAGUAUGAAGUCUGAUGUGGGACAAAGCAUCGUACCAUUUGUGGACAUAGAGCCGGUAACGUCAAAACAACCAACUCCUUUGUCUGGAGUUGGACUAUUUCACAAGAGUCAUAAAAAUGAAGCAGCUGGUUAUUUGGCCCUUAAAAUUUUAAGCUAUGAUUAUACGCCUCAUGUAAAGUUCAAUGCUUAAGGAGCUAUUACAUGAAUAUAUAAAUAAAAAAGAGCUAAUUUCGAAAUUUUUUCUCGGCCUUUCUAUUAAAUAUUUACAUGCAACGUGUUGCUCGAUAGCUCGGAACUUUUUUUUAAAAUUAUGUAAUGGGUAUUUUAAAGUAUGGGUAAAAAUCAAAAUUUUAACUAAGAAAACAAAGCGAAAAAUGACGGAAAUUUUGUUUAAACCACCCAUUUGCGGUCCUUUCUCAUCAUAUUAAAAAAUAUGGUGCUCUGACAAAU